UAAAAAAUAAAAAAUAAGAAAGAAUUAGCAGCGCUACCAAAAUAAUAAAAACAAAAAUGAGAGGUUGGGAGCUUUAUGCUGUGUUAUUCCUAGCAUGGGUUCUAGUUCUUUCGACGAUGAGUAGGCCAUGUUGUCGAUCAGCAAGGGUGGACACCGGAUUGCCACUUUACAAAUACAACAUGUUCAUCGUGAAUGGAUUGAGUUCGGGCCGGGACUUGUUUAUCCAUUGCCAGUCCAAAGACGAUGAUUUGGGCGAGCAUAAUCUUACAACUGGUUCUCAUUUUACAUGGACUUUCAGGACCAACUUCUGGGGAACCACUCGAUUUUGGUGCUACACUCGUAGGGACAAUGAACACGCUGCGUUUGAUGUGUUUUGGCCGGAGAAGAGGCAUAAGUGGCUUGAAACCAGAUGCGACUAUAAAGUUUGCAUUUGGACUGCCAAAGAUGAUGGGUUUUAUCUUAGAAAUGUUCCUAUUAAUCAAGAUGAGUUAAUUCAUAAAUGGGAACCGGGAUGGUAAC